AUGGAGACCCGGAGGGGAGCUCGAGGGCUUUAUCACCAGGGACGUUCCUCCAGAGCCCCUGAGGUGCUGGUAGAUGACGGUGACAGCAUGGCCAAUUCCAUCAUCUGCACCAACAAUCCUGGAAACAUCCUCUCAACUUUGACAUCCACUGAUGAGCAGCAUCCCUUUGAAUUGGCUCAGGAAGCUACAGAGAAUUGUGAGCGCAUGUGGCAACAGUUUGAUCAAGUAGAGGCAAGAACCCAGAGGAUCAGAAGCCAAUACCAGAUCAUAGACUCUCUGCUAGAAGAAAUCAGAAGUGACUGUGCAAAGUUUGAGAAGUCCAAGGAAAUGCUGCUGCAAUGCACUGGAAUCCCGGAGACAGGAGCCUUUUGUCUGCAGCAGAAGAACACCAAGCAGCAGAAGGAAGCAUCAGCCCAGGCGGAAGAGGCAGAGCAGCAGGACAGGAUGGAGGUUUCCCAGGAGCAAGAGUCACCGAGCCGGUGUCUGGAGCAGCUGAGCCAGGAAUCCUCUGGCCAAGGGCAUGAAGUGGCCCAGGUGGGCAGAGACGAGGAGCUGCUGGCCCAGAAGGCUGACCUUGAGGGGCGACUGGCAGCCUGCGAGGGGCUCCGAGAAGACCUUUCCAGGCAGCUGGCAGAGACCAGGCUGAUUCUGUCUCUGGAGGAAAAGAAUGUGUGCCUUACAACACUGGAAGAACAGAACCUGACACUGAAAAAUCAGGUGUCUCGGUGUCAAUCUGCUCUUCAGACAGCCAAACAGCUCUCUUCAAACCGCGCUGCACAACUGCGGGAGCUCAACAAACAGAUCCAGGCCCUGCAGGAUGCAGUGCUGCAGAUGGAGGCUUCCCAGGCAACUCGGCAGAAGCAGCUGCUGAAGGAUCUGGAGGAGUCCCAGGCAGGAGAACGCUCUUUGAGGGACUCUGUGCACGUGCUGGAGGCUGAGGUGUCUGAUCUGCGUGUAAAGCUCCAGAGAUCUGAUGACAAAGCUCAUGCCUUGGCCAUACAGUAUGAGGCUGUGGAGUUGGAGCUGAGGAGAACACAAGCUCAGAGAGACAACCUCAGAGCCUUCAACCUCGAGCUGCAGAAGGAGUUGGAGGAAAUUGAGCAAGAGCAGCAGCAUCAGGAAAGCCUCAGGCUUCAGGGAACUGCUCAGCAACUGGAAAUAAAGAAGCUCCUGCAAGACCUGGCAAGUGAGCGUGAAAGGCACUGUGCAGAGAUGCAGGAGACGCUGGAGCAAUGGGAAAAAGAGAAGGCAGAGAGAGAGCAGGAGCACAAGAAGGAGCUGUCUGAGAUGAGGCAGAAAGUUGCCACCCUGCUGGCACAACAAGAAGAGGAACGAACUAGAUUUGAAAAUGCCAAGCAAGAGGUCCUGCUGGAAGAGCAGAAGGAGAAGAGUGCUUUAUCAGAGGCACUGCUCCAAACUCAGGGAGAGCUCAGCCGAGCCCGCCAGCAGGUCCAGCAGCUCAGGCAGGAGGUGACAGAGCAGCGAGAGAAGGGGCAGGUCCCAGGAAGUUGCUCUGCAUUUUGUUGCCAGACCAUGAAGGCAAAUCUGCAAGCUGAGCUGGAGGAAGCUCACAGUGAAGCCCAGGCAGCGCAGAGGAGGCACGAGGAAGAGCUGCAAGGCCUCAAAGAGGAAAUGAAUCUCCUCCUUGAGCAGAGGGAGGCUCUACAAAAGCAGGUGGCAGAGUUGACAUCUCAGCUGGCAGCCUCCCGAGAGUGCCAGGAAAGGACUGUGCAGAGAGCCCAGCAAGAUGUGAGGGAGGCCCAGGAAGAGUCCAGGCAGAAGCUGCUGGAGGCUGAGCAGACCCAGAAGAUGCUGGAGGAGGCAAAACAUCAGAAAAAGGAGCUGCAAGUGCAUCUGGAGUACUUGGAGAGGGAAUGGAGUCAAUGGGAAGAAGUGGCUCAGCAAAAUUCAAAAUUGCAGGCGUCAGUGAAUGCCCUAGAGAGGGAAAAAGCCAGGCUGAUUCUGUCUCUGGAGGAAAAGAAUGUGUGCCUUACAACACUGGAAGAACAGAACCUGACACUGAAAAAUCAGGUGUCUCGGUGUCAAUCUGCUCUUCAGACAGCCAAACAGCUCUCUUCAAACCGUGCUGCACAACUGCUGGAGCUCAACAAACAGAUGCAGGCCACGCUGCUGGCAGAGCUAGAGAAGAGAGAGCACCAGGCAAGUCAAGAGAAGCAGCUGCUGGAAACUGAGGUGUCUGAGCUGCGUGAGAGGCUCCAGAGAUCUGAUGAGCAAGUUCUUGCCUUGGCCAUACAGUAUGAGGCUGUGGAGCUUGAACUCAGGAAGGCACAAGCUCAGAGGGACAACCUCAGAGCCUUCAACCUCGAGCUGCAGAAGGAGUUGGAGGAAAUUGAGCAAGAGUGGGUGCAGGCAGAAGCCAAGCACAUCUCUCACCAAAUUGCCCUGCAGAAAGAGGCCACUGAAAGGCAGGAAGAGGCUGUGGCUCUCCAUCAGGAAGUGGCAUCUCUGAGGACGAAACUGGAAAAGCUGGAGAAGGAAAGGAAGAAUUGGUGUCCCCGCUGCAGUCACAGCUGGCCCAAGAGCGACAGCACCACCUGGAGAGCUGUGCAGGGAGCAGGCAGGAGACACAAGGGAGCUCGAGGGCUUUCUCACCAGGGACGUUCCUCCAGAGCCCCAGAGGUGCUGGUAGACGACGGUGACAGCAUGGCCAAUUCCAUCAUCUGCACCAACAAUCCUGGAAACAUCCUCUCAACUUUGACAUCCACUGAUGAGCAGCAUCCCUUUGAAUUGGCUCGGGAAGCUACAGAGAAUUGUGAGCGCAUGUGGCAACAGUUUGAUCAAGUAGAGGAGAGAACCCAGAGGAUCAGAAGCCAAUACCAGAUCAUAGACUCUCUGCUAGAAGAAAUCAGAAGUGACUGUGCAAAGUUUGAGAAGUCCAAGGAAAUGCUGCUGCAAUGCACUGGAAUCCCGGAGACAGGAGCCUUUUGUCUGCAGCAGAAGAACAUCAAUCAGUGGGAGGAAGCGUCAGUCCAGGCAGAAGAGGCAGAGCAGCAGGACAGGAUGGAGGUUUCCCAGGAGCAAGAGUCACUGAGCCGGUGUCUGGAGCAGCUGAGCCAGGAAUCCUCUGGCCAAGGGCAUGAAGUGGCCCAGGUGGGCAGAGACGAGGAGCUGCUGGCCCAGAAGGCUGACCUUGAGGGGCGACUGGCAGCCUGCGAGGGGCUGCGAGAAGACCUUGCCAGGCAGCUGGAAGAGACCAGGUCAGCAAAGGAGAGCCUGCAAUCCAGGCUGUGUGCUGCUCAGCAGCAGAUAUCACAGCUGGAGAUCACCAGGAACAAUCUGGAAGCUCAAGUGCUCACAGUCACACAGGCCAAGGAGGUGAUUGAAGGAGAAGUGAAGGGCCUGCAAUGUGAGCUGGAAGCAGAGAGAGCUCUCAGGAGGCAGGAACAGGAAGACACAGCUCAACAGCUCCUGCAGGCAGAGCAGCAGCAUCAGGAAAGCCUCAGGCUUCAGGGAACUGCUCAGCAACUGGAAAUAAAGAAGCUCCUGCAAGACCUGGCAAGUGAGUGUGAAAGGCAACGUGCAGAGAUGCAGAAGACGCUGGAGCAAUGGGAAAAAGAGAAGGCAGAGAGAGAGCAGGAGCACAAGAAGGAGCUGUCUGAGAUGAGGCAGAAAGUUGCCACCCUGCUGGCGCAACAAGAAGAGGAACGAACUAGAUUGGAAAAUGCCAAGCAAGAGAUGUUCAUGGCCAAGGUCCUGCUGGAAGAGCAGAAGGAGAAGAGUGCUUUAUCAGAGGCACUGCUGCAAACUCGGGAAGAGCUCAGCCGAGCCCGCCAGCAGGUCCAGCAGCUCAGGCAGGAGGUGACAGAGCAGCAAGAGAAGGGGCAGACCAUGAAGGCAAAUCUGCAAGCUGAGCUGGAGGAAGCUCACAGUGAAGCCCAGGCAGCGCAGAGGAGGCACGAGGAAGAGCUGCAAGGCCUCAAAGAGGAAAUGAAUCUCCUCCUUGAGCAGAGGGAGGCUCUACAAAAGCAGGUGGCAGAGUUGACAUCUCAGCUGGCAGCCUCCCGAGAGUGCCAGGAAAGGACUGUGCAGAGAGCCCAGCAAGAUGUGAGGGAGGCCCAGGAAGAGUCCAGGCAGAAGUUGCUGGAGGUUGAGCAGAUGCAGAACAUGCUGGAGGAGGCAAAACAUCAGAACAAGGAGCUGCAAGUGCAUCUGGAGAACUUGGAGAAGGAAUGGAGUCAAUGGGAAGAAGUGGCUCAGCAAAAUUCAGAAUUGCAGGCUUCUGUCAAUGCCCUAGAGAGGGAAAAAAACAGGUAAAUGAAAGCCUGUGGCACUCUGCAUUGUGCUGAAAGGAUUCCCUCUUUGCCAUCUUUGCACCUGCCAGGGCCUCUGGUAGCAUUUCCUAAGUGGCGGAUUCUGAAAUCUCCAGGUAGACACAUCUAAUUGUCUGGAUGUUGAGUUUCAUUUUCUUUACUUUUAAGCCUUCAGAUAGAGUUUUUCUGAAUAAAAAGGCUUUGGGGUAGCCCUUUCCCUCUAGGGGAUAUUGUGUUGUUAGGCUGGUGUGUUGACACUGCCCAAGCUGCACUGUAAGGAGCUGGAUCCAUCCAUCAGCUCCACCUUGGGGCCUGUAACUUGAAGCCUUUGGGGUCUGGAUCAGCCUGGCAUCUGAUGCUUUUUCUGGGCAGAACCAUCUUAAGGCCCUGAUUGCUGCUCUAGGCCAGAUUGGCCUCGGAGGCAGCCCAGAAACAAGAAUGUCUCUGUUGCAUCGUUCCUCAUCAAAUGUCCCCCGGUGCCUGCAGGGGGUCAAGCAGGGUCCCUGCCACCCUGCACAGUCACAGGCAUUUCUGACUGUGCAAAGAAUGCAAGAAACAGGACCAAGGUAUGGGGGGCUCCUGCAGCCAAUCAAGUCCUGCCAGGCUUCAGUGCCACAGGAUUCUUCCUCCAAGAAGGAGACAAAGG